CGACAUCGAGGAGGUGAAAGAGGUUUCACCGCCAGUUACCAACCGUCAGAUGAGUGCGGAUGAGAUGCAACGACUUGCUGAAGAGCGGACCAGAAUAAGAGCACAACUGCGCGCCUUUUCGCAAGCCAAUCAGCCGCCUUCCGAGGAGGUGGUACCACAGGCUGUUGGCGAGGACGGCGUCCCGCUGGACAUGAAGAAAGGUAUGGAGUAUCUUCAGGAGCCGCUAGAGGAGUACAAGGAGGUGGAACUGGCAGAAAAGCUGCUGAAGAGGAAACGCGAGGAGGACGAAGGAAUUCGUGGCGAAAGCGAUGGUGAGGACUUUGAGGACCUGUUGGACAUGUUUGGAAUCGAUGCCGAGGAAAUCUCAAUCAAUAUGAACCUUAAUCAGCGACAACAGUUACUGCUGGAAAAUAUGGACGCCGAGCAGAUUAAUCGAUACGAGUAUUUCCGAAGAACCAACCUGAACACGGGAGGUAUCAAAAAACUGGUCAACAUGGCCAUUGGCUACAAUGUGGGAACGGAUUUUGCAAAGAUUCUGGCUGGUGUUGGGAAAGUGUUUGUGGGAGAGGUUGUUGAGAAGGCAAAGGAAGUACAGAAACGGCAAAAUCAUGCUCGUGUCGAGGAACAACUAGAGUACAAGCGCGAACUGAAACGGUAUGAGACUGAGCUGGCAGAGCUUGAGAACGAGCUCAAGAGACGUAAAUUGAACAACGAAAGCACUGACGACCUGCCUCAGCUGACCGACAUACCCCGUCCUGACGGCCCUGCUGCCACGUUCGAAAACUACAGAGUCAAGAUCCCUGAUGACAGGGACCAGCUCACGCCAGACCACAUCCGCGAAGCAUGGCGUCUGUUGAUAGAAGAAAAUCACACCGUUUUGCAACCCCGGUGGAGAAAGCAAGGCGGUGGAGAUGGGUGGCUAUUCCGCUAG